CUCCACAGGAGGAGAGCAGGUCGCAGAUGUCAAUCAAACACUCAUUCAGCUGUUCCAGGAGCGGUGAGCUGCACUGAACCUCGCUGAGUACUGCGUCUAAUCCAGCAUGGCGCUGAUGGGAGUUCAGUUGGUGGUCAGCUUGCUGGCCGUCAGUAUAAUGCAGAAAAUGGCCCCACAUUACUCCUUUGCACGCUGGCUCUUAUGCAACGGCAGUCUCCUGAGGUUCAAACAUCCUUCUGAGGGAGAGCUCUGCGCUCUGGCUGGCAAGCAGGUGCCCAACAAGUCCAGCAGGCGAGACAGGAGGCAGAAUGGCCACGGGGAGCAAAAACCACUCACGGUGCCGAAGGACAUAGAUUUACAUCUGGAAAGCACUCCUGUAAAUGUUUUAGAUGCUCUGGUUCUGCGCUUCUUCGUUGAAUAUCAGUGGUUGAUUGACUUUGCUGUGUACGCCAUGGGCAUUUACCUCUUCACUGAGGGCUACUACUUUGUAGUGGAUGCCAGUAAAGAGGUCAACAUCGGGGCCAUCUGGUGUGUCCUGAUGGUGUUCUUUGGACUGAGAACUCUCCAUGUCCUGAUGAGCCACUAUUUCCGCUCGGACGAGGGCGGUGAACGUUCUGUCUGCCUGGCUUUUGGGUUCAUGUCUCUUCUCAUAGCCAUGCUGGUUUUGGUUGUGAAGGAGGACUAUCUAGAGUUUGGGCUGGAGCCUGGUUUCACCAGUGUCUUCGACAACUUUGAAGUGUUUGCCAAACAGCAGGGUCUUGAGUGGUCAGUACCUUUCACCAAACUUGGAGUAAAGUUGGCCCUGGCUGCUGUUUGUGCCUUUCUUGGAGCUCUUCUUGCCUUUCCUGGACUCCGCCUUGCCCAGACGCACUUGGAUGCUGUGCAGAUGAACAGUGACCGGCCAAUCAUUCAAAUCCUCCUACACACCAGUUUCCUCUCUCCACUGGUCAUUCUUGUGAUGUGGGUAAAGCCUCUGGCCCGUGACUUCUUGGGGAAUGCUCCUAUGGGAAAGACGUCAGUCACUUUGAUUUCCAGCUCAGUCUUUGACUCUGUGCGGCUGUGGACGAUUGUGGUGUUGUGCGUGUUAAAGCUGCUGCUCACCCGUCACCACCUGCAGGCCUACCUCAACCUUGCCCCCAAGUGGGUGGAGCAGAUGAAAAAGGAGGCGGGGCGUAUAGCUGCAAUUGACAUCCAAAGAAAGGUUACCCGUGUAUAUUGUUACCUGACUGUAGUGACUCUGCAGUACCUCGUACCCGUUCUGCUCAUGCUUUUCUCAACUCUGGCCCUCAAGUCUUUAGGUGACUACUCAUGGGGUUUGGGUGCUGAGACUCCAGGUGUGACCCCUGCACCUAUCCUCCCGACCGCGGCGCCAGCAUUACCGAGAACAGAGGAUGAAGAUGAUCUGGAGGACAUGGAGGAGGACAUCCAGGCCACUGUCGCCCACCUGUCCGAGGCUUUCACUGCCCUGCGUGCCGUCCUCACGCCCAUCUUCUUCAGAGGGCUCUUCGCCUUCCUCACCUGGUGGGUGGCCGCCUGCCAGCUCAUCAGCAGCCUGUUCGGCAUCUACUUCCAUCAGUACCUCAUGCAGAGCUGAAGAGGCUUCAGGCUUUUCUAGGCUUGGAGCACAAUGCCUAGCUUGUCGAGCUGCUGACCACCACCUGCACACACGGCUGUGCUAUGAGCUCCAACAUGCUAAUGCAGAACACACUGAGCUCUCUAAUGCCCCGAGAGACUGAUAGUUUGGUCUUAAGUGAAGAACUGGAGACGAUGAUGUCUUUGGUUUGAAAUAAAGGGAUUUAUUGGUAUGGUUUGGAUACUGUGCUCAUCACUGGUUCAUCAUCUUGAUUUGUAGCUUCCUUUUCUUUUUUUUAUUGGAACAAAUGAAUUGUCUACUGAGUUUGCUGAGGCAUGUUUUAUCAUGGUCAAACUUUUAUUUAAGUUGUUUUAUAUUGCACUCAUUUUAAAAAAAGUAGUUGCGUCCAGAAUGAUUAAAGUGUCAGAUUGCAAUGUUAUUCGGAAGGAAGAUAGAGGAACAAUAAAUAAUUAAUGAAACUUAAACUGAUAUAGGCAACAUUUUAUUGAGAUACACAAACACCAUGCAUGUGUGUCUCAGGAUGGCAAAUGGAUCAGUGUAGAGUUGUGCAGGUUUCUAAUAGGUAUGCAAAAUGAUAUUGAAAUUAUAUCAGUAUCGGACAAUACUCCCCCUAUCACUUUCGAUGCCCCAAAACCAGGAGGGUGAAGACUAGCGCAUGCCUCCUCCAAUACAUGUGAAGUCAUCCACCGCCGCUUUUCGAAGCGCAGCGACUCGGUUCUGAUACAUCAGCUCACAGACGCAGCCUUCUGCUGAUCGACAUCACCCUUUGGAGUAAUGAGGGGAAAGAGCACCAUCGACCCACCCAGAAAUAGCAAGGCCAAUUGUGCUUUCUCAGGGCUCCGGCAGCUGAAGGCAAGCUGCAUGAACAGGAUUCGAAUCAGCAAUCUCCCGAUCACCAUCAACAGUUAAAAAGUUAUACCCUGAUGGCCCAUAUGGCCCUUAAUAUUAUAGCAAUAUUUCAGGGUAUUUAUUGAUAAUGAUAUUCAACAAUUUUGCCAAUAUUAUUGCAUAUGAUACGAUAUGACACAACCCUUACAUUUAGAAAAGGUAGAAUCACUGGUUGCAGGACAUCAUUAAUGAAAAGUUGAGCUCUCAAAGUGCAUGUAAUGAAGACUUAAGGUGAUCUGACAUUGUACAAAAUUGCCCUCCACUCCACGAUAGCAGGCCAUUGGAUGUUUGACUUGUGAAAAGAAAGCGUACACACUACUUCUGUAUGUUUAGCUUAGUAAUUUAUUAACCAUAUCAGUCUAAAUGUUUAAACAUUUUAUUGUUCCUGGUAACCUCUAGAUUCCCUCCAAACAGCAUUGCAAUGCAACAAUUCCUUCUCGUUGCAAUUAUUUCUUUUGUUUUGACGAAGUGUAUAUCUUUGUGAUAAUCAUAGUUUUUCUUUUUCCCCCCACAAAACAAAUGAAUUAAUUUAGAAAAACAUACAGCUUCAUUCAUGAGUUUGGUGGUGAUGUCUUUGAUUGGAUGUGAUGUAAUACUAAGUGCCUGGUAACUCAGGGAAGUGAAAUCAGAUACGGUAUCUACUCUACCAGCAUGCAAUAACUGAUAAACUGCUUUAUUUCGAUGCUGUUGGCAAACACAGUUAAAUGCAGUCAUUCUGAAUCACUCCCUGUUUUUUUAACGUAAAUGAUUAUGAUGUAUUAAAGCUUCUGGUUUCCUUCAUGCAGUAUUUCUCCCUGCGGGAUGUGCAGGUUUUGCUGCAGAGCUGAAUUCACUGUACCUUACUGUAUUUAAAAUAUCAAGCAAAUGCAAUCAAAGUUUAGUAAGAGGCAGCAGUAGAAGUACCUCAGAUCUGAUCCUGAACAUUUCUCAUUUAUUUAUUAAUAUUUAUCAUGUCAUCAUGUCAUACACACUAAUUUUAGAAGCGAUGAUCUGUUAAACGGUACAGAAAUAUUUGUUUCUUUUUUUUUUGUUUUUGCACUGAUUUUAAAAUAACUGAUCAAUGGAACGCAUGGUGUGACAAAACUGGGUGUUGCUGGGAUUGUGUUUUAUUAAAAUCCAAAAAUGUUUAAAGUUC